AUGCAAAAUACAGCAAGACCCAAUUAUGUCUUUUACCCAGGAGCUAUUCCAACUGGGUCUCCACGACCACAGCCGGCCUAUGCUAAUGGAGCCUCCACUUCCAGUCCAUAUCCCUCUCCUGUUGGCUUCCAAAAGCCAUCAACACCAACAAUACAUCGCUCUUAUCCGCCUCCUCAGUCCAAUACUCCACAGCAGAGACCAGAGCCUCCUCAAAGCAACAUGGUAAUUGACAAACCAGAUCAUGUUAUUGCCGUCUUGACGACUGGCACAUGUCAAUGCUGUGGCCAUUUACUACGCUUUCCUCAAACUAUACGUGCUUUUCGAUGUACCGUUUGUGAAACUGUAAACGAUCUGGAUCCAGUGCCUAUGCCUGGAGGAGGGGACAUUCAAGCUCAUCGUUUGUCGCUCGAACGAUUACGAGCAUUAAUCAAUGCCUCCCAGCACAAUCGACCUAGUGCAGAGCUGCUGGAAAAGACGAUAGCCGAUUCAUUCUCGUUACAUGCGUCCAUUAAUGAGAGCUUUUCAAGUAAUCAGCCGAUAUCAGAGACUGAUUGCGGAGUGAAUCUAGGAGAUGUGAGAAUAGCCUACAAGCUGUUGUUGACUAGCCCAGCUGCUGCGAAUGGUGCUUCUCGAAACACCUCAGUAGACUCCAUAACGCAGAGUAUGGAAAAGCUGAAUAUUACGAAUACCCGAAUGUCGUCUGUUUUAGUGCAAGCUACUGACAAGCUACUGAAACGACCUGGAAGGCGGCUGGUUGCUGCGGAAGAUGUGAAAUUUCUCCUCAUUCUCCUCGAGAAUCCUGUAUUAUUAACAAAAACUGUUUCUAAUGACCUCAUAAUUUAUCAUGAUAUCCUUGGCCGUAUAUUUGGCCUUAUGUCCUGUUUAUCCAACGACAUGCAUCAUUUUAUUGUAGCAUGGCUUGCUCAGUUACCUAUAGAUAUCUUCCAAAAGAGAGUUGACGUAGUCAACUUUUAUAUAUCCAGACGGUUGUCGAAUAAAGAGGGCAUGAGAGAUCAUUACCCUCAAGAUUGGGGUAUCAAAUCAGCUGCUCGUGUGAUGGCUCUGUUAUUCGCUGCAAAUCAAUCGAGGCCGUCUCCUAAGCUAGUGAUAUCGGACUUUUAUAAUACUGUGGUCGACUAUGUAGACCUCAUUCGUGACUUUAUGAGAUGGCAGGAAGAGCGCUCAGGAGCCUUUUCCUUUUGCCAAUAUCCAUUCUUGGUAUCUCUCGGUGGAAAGAUGACGAUUGUCGAAGCAGAUGCGAAAAGGCAGAUGCAAGAGAGGUUCAAGGAAGCUUUCUAUCGUACAGCUAUACACAACCAACCCACAGACCCAUUCUUCUCAAUACACGUCCGCCGAAACAACCUCAUAGCCGAUUCCCUCAACUCCCUAUCAGCACGAAACGUUGAUUUCAAAAAGAAACUUCGAAUUGAAUUCGUUGAUGAACAGGGUAUAGAUUUAGGAGGUCUGACCAAGGAAUGGUUUUUACUCUUGACGAGAGAUCUAUUCGAUCAGCAAUUCGGGAUGUUUGAUUUCGACGAGGAUUCGUAUUUGUGCUGGUUUAAUCAGGCUAGUAUGGAGAAUUCAGAAGAGUAUCGUCUUGUUGGGACUAUUAUUGGGUUGGCUAUAUAUAAUAACACCAUUCUGGACGUCCACUUCCCGAAUGCAUGUUAUAAGAAACUCUUCUCCCAACCAGUCGGACUAGACGACCUCAAAGUCCUACAUCCAGCCCUCGGUCGUGGUCUCCAAUCACUCCUAGACUAUGACGGUGAUGACGUCGAAGCGGUCUUCUGUCGAGACUUUGUAGCCGAAUAUACCGCAUACGGAGAUGUAGUCCGAGUACCACUCGUCCCGAAUGGUGAUUCUAUAGCCGUAACCAACGCAAACCGUGAAAAAUAUGUAGAAUUGAUGGUAGAUUUUUUGCUGAAUCGCAGUGUGCAGCGGCAAUUUGAUGCCUUCAAGGAAGGGUUUAUGAUGGUGUGUGGAGGGAAUGCGUUGAGUCUGUUCAGACCUGAGGAGAUUGAGAUGAUGGUUCGAGGUGGGACAGAGUUGGACAUUGAGAGUCUUGCGGGUGUUUGUGAAUAUGAAGGAUUCAGCCCAACAGAACCAACAAUGCGUAACUUUUGGGAUAUAGCCAAAAAGUUACCAACAGAUAUGAAGAGAAAGCUCCUUCUCUUCAUUACAGGAACCGACAGAAUCCCCGCCACAGGAAUCCAAAACAUGCCCUUCAAGAUAUCUUGUCUUGGAGACGACUCUGAAAAGCUACCUGUCUCGCAUACCUGUUUCAAUCAGUUGUGCUUGUAUCGAUACAAGACGAGGGAGAAGUUGGAAGCUAAGCUUAUGAAGGCUAUCACCUGGAGGAUGGGCUACCGCUCUCGAGUCCGCCAAACAUCACCAAAAGCCCUGUUUGUGACUAUUCAAGCCGCCAAUUUACAAGAUCUGUGUGAUGCAGUCAAGAUAGUCUCACUAGAUACCGCUGCUCAUGCCAUGAAAAUGGACCUAGCUUCCGAAUCCCGAGGGUCUGGAAUUGUUGAUCAAACCUUGAAACUGUAUGGACGUUUCGAUGUGUUUUUCGUAAAUGGAGGUAUUCUGGGUGAAAGCCAUCAGAUUUUAGAUGAGGUCAACGCACUAAGUCCCCUCUUGGGAUGCGAUCAUGGUGCUCGUGGCAUGCUAGUCACUUCCAAAGACAAACCGUCAUCACGAGGCAGUAUUAUCAUCACAAGUUCAAUUGCUGCUUUGGGAGGUGGAACUGCGUCAAUUGCUUAUGGUUCUUCUAAGGCUGCCGUUGUAAAUAUGGGGACUUCAAGCACGUCGCCGUAG